AUGCCCGGCUGGCCCUGGGGGCUGCUGCUGACCGCGGGCACGAUCUCCGCCGCUCUGAGCCCGGGGCCGCCGGCGCCCGCCGACCCCUGCCAUGACGAGGGGGGCGCGCCCCGAGGCUGCGUGCCUGGCCUGGUGAACGCGGCCUUGGGCCGCGAGGUGCUGGCAUCCAGCACGUGCGGGCGGCCGGCCACGCGGGCCUGCGACGCUUCGGACCCGCGGCGGGCACACCCCGCCACCCUCCUGACCUCCGCAGGGGGCACCACGAGCCCCGUGUGCUGGCGUUCCGACUCGCUGACGCAGGUGCCCCUCAACGUGACCCUCACAGUGCCCCUCGGCAAAGCUUUUGAGCUGGUGUUUGUGAGCCUGCGCUUCUGCUCAGCACCCCCCACUUCGGUGGCCCUGCUCAAGUCGCAGGACCACGGCCGAAGCUGGACCCCACUGGGCUUCUUCUCCUCCCGCUGCGGCCUAGACUACGGCCGCGUGCCUGCCCCUGCCGAUGGCCCAGCUGGCCCCGGGCCCGAAGCCCUGUGCUUCCCUGAGCCCCAGGCCCAGCCUGAUGGUGGUGGCCUUCUGGCCUUCAGCGUGCAGGACGGCAGCCCUCCAGGCCUGGAUCUGGACAGCAGUCCGGUGCUCCAAGACUGGGUGACUGCCACAGACAUUCAGGUAGUGCUCACAAGGCCUACCAUGCUGGAGAACAUGAGGGACGCCAUGGCCGUGGUCCCUUACUCUUACUCAGCCACUGAGCUCCAGGUGGGUGGGCGCUGUAAGUGCAAUGGGCAUGCCUCCAGGUGCCUGCUGGACACCCAGGGCCACUUGAUCUGCGACUGUCGGCAUGGCACCGAGGGCCCCGACUGCAGCCGCUGCAAGCCCUUCUACUGCGACAGGCCAUGGCAGCGGGCCACGGCCCGGGAAGCCCACGCCUGCCUUGCUUGCUCCUGCAAUGGCCAUGCCCGCCGCUGCCGUUUCAACAUGGAGCUGUACCGACUGUCUGGCCGCCGCAGUGGCGGUGUCUGCCUCAACUGCCGGCACAAUACUGCUGGCCGGCACUGCCACUACUGCCGGGAGGGCUUCUAUCGAGACCCGGGCCGUGCCCUGAGUGACCGCCGCGCUUGUAGGGCCUGUGACUGUCACCCUGUUGGUGCUGCUGGCAAAACCUGCAACCAGACCACAGGCCAGUGUCCCUGCAAGGAUGGCGUCACUGGCCUCACCUGCAACCGCUGUGCCCCUGGCUUCCAGCAGAGCCGUUCUCCAGUGGCACCCUGCGUUAAGACCCCCGUCCCUGGACCCACUGAGGAGAGCAGUCCUGUGGAGCCCCAGGACUGCGACUUGCACUGCAAACCGGCCCGCGGCAGCUACCGCAUCAGCCUGAAAAAGUUCUGCAGGAAGGACUACGCGGUGCAGGUGGCUGUGGGUGCGCGCGGCGAGGCGCGCGGUUCCUGGACGCGCUUCCCGGUGGCCGUGCUCGCCGUGUUCCGGAGCGGCGAGGAGCGCGCGCGGCGCGGGAGCAGCACGCUGUGGGUGCCUGCGCGGGACGCCGCCUGCGGCUGCCCACGCCUACUGCCCGGCCGCCGCUACCUGCUGCUGGGGGGCGGGCCGGGUGCCGCGGUGGGGGGCCCAGGGGGCCGGGGGCCUGGGCUCAGCGCCGCCCGCGGGAGCCUCGUGUUGCCCUGGCGGGAUGCGUGGACGAGGCGCCUUCGGAGGCUGCAGCGGCGCGAGCGGCGGGGGCGCUGCGGGGCGGCCUGAGCCCGCGGGCCGGGCGGGGCGCUUCUCACAGAUCAAGGCACACGUUCAUCCAGUG